AUGGCGGAUUCAUCCUCUUCCCAGCAAUCCCAACUUUCUCAGCCUCCCGUGGCUCGUUCUCGCGCUAACCGAGGUAAAAAAUCCCUCGUCCAUGCUAGCGUUUUUUCUCUUCGUGAUCUUCUUUCUGAGUUUGGUCAAGCCUUUCCUAAUUUACUUCAUCUAGAUGCUUAUAAGUACCCUUCCCAGUAUAAGCAAAAAGACGUAGAUAUUAUGGCCAAACUUUUCGGAAUCGAACAUCCUUAUAGGGCCGUGGCCCCAGGCCCAAAUGACCGGGCUUGCUACCCAAAGCCCGGGGCAAUUAGGAUUUACAAAGAGACCUUCUAUGCUGGGUUCAGAUUGCCUCCCCCAAUGUUUGUUUAUAGACUUUUAGCUGAAGCCCGGGUAUGUCCAACCCAACUCCAGCCCAAUGGCUGGAGGUUCAUAAAUUGUUUUUUGGUCCAGUGUAGGAAGCACAACUUGGAGCCCAGUGUGGCAGUGUUUAGGUAUCUUUUCAAAUUUGUUAAUGCCCCAAAUGACGAAGGCUGGGUCAAAAUCCAGUAUCGAACAUUGGGCCGUAGUAUUUUCGUUUCAGAUUCGGCCCCUGAUUCCCUCCCAAAUUGGAAGAAGCAGUGGUUUUAUCUGUAUAUGGAGGGGGCCGACUGGGCCGACUAUUUUUAUUCAGACUUUAGUAGGGCCGAGGAUGGGCCAAUGAGGUCCCUCAAGUUAGGGGUUGAAGAAGAGGCGGCCAUUAAGGUUUUAACGGCCGACAAUCUUCACCAUUGUUCGCUGUUAAUCUCCGAGGCAUCGCUUCAAUUGCACGGGCUUAGCGAUUUGGGCCCUGAGGCCCAAGUUGCUUUGGGGAGCAUUUUCCAGAAGCGGGAAAACGCCGCGCAGAAGGCCGUGCCAACUGAGGUUUCGCGCACCAAGCGGCCCAGGAAGGAAGGGGGAACUGGGCCCGUGGAGCGGGUUCCAGCUUUUUUAUCUCCACGGUCCACCGCCGUUGAGGAGGACAACGGCCCUUAUGUGGUCCAAUGGGGCCUGUUAAACAAAGACACUAUUGUGGGCGAUUCCCGGGCCGCCGCAGAGUGGUCCAAGAACGUGGUCACCCCUCGGGACCGGGCCCAUGUGGUCGAAUCGUCCGAGGACCUUCAAAUUGAACUCCUGGGGGCCCAGGCUGUGGCUACGGUCAACACCUACCUCCAGGCCGCCGUCCACAAUUUGAAGGCGGUUAGGGCUGAGAAGGCGAUCGCGGAGCGCGAUCGCGAUCGUUACUUCGAAGCUUCGACUGCUAAUUUUGAGCAAUACCGAAAAGUGGAGGCGGAGCUCGUGGCCGAACAAGAAAAGGUCCGCACCCUGGAGGCGGAGUUGGCCAGGGUGAAGAGGGAGGCCAUUGCUGACUACAAGGCGUCGAAGGAGUUUGAAGACCUUCUCGUUGCCGAGUACGACGCUAGUUUCCCCGAGACCUUCAAGUCUUGCUGGGAACGGAUCGUUGAGGAACUUGGGACCCAAAUCGAGGGGGUCACCUUGGAGCGCUUCCCCGUUCCGAAACUUCCAGGGGAGGAGGCAUCUUCCCCUAUGGAGGUCGAGAACCUCGGGGAUUCGCACCCGGAUGACUCUCAGGGUGAGGAGAUCCCUUCCGAGGAACUCGCGAUCGUGGAUCCUAGCAAGGCUGCGGAGGAUAUCGGGUCGAAAACCCAAGAAGCCCAAGCCCAGGAUGCCGUGGCCCAGGACGAGGAGGCCAAGGAGCAAGAGGAGGCCCAAGAUGACCUGUUUGAUGAUGGGCUCCCCUAGACUAGGCCCUCUCUCAGCCCUGCGUGGCUUAUUUUGUAAUCAAAUAUUUAUAUUAACCCUUCGGGGUUAAAACUUUCUUUUAUUUAUCUAAGUUAACUUUUACUUUAUGCUUUUUUCUGCUUUUCUGCAUAUCGUGCAUUAAGUUUAGGAUUUCGAACCUAACAGUAAAAUAUCCUUAACUUAGGAUUAAAAUUAAACUUGGGAGACCAAGUCUUAGAAUAAUCUUCUGAUUUUUGUAAUCACCCUGCAGGGUUUAACUCUUGCGAGUCAGUAUAUUAUUUUAUGAGCUUUCUAUCCAAAGUGGUUCGUACUUAGGAUUUCUAGCUUCAAGCGCGUAAGUUCAAACUUGAAACUCGUGGUUGUCACAGGUGGAAACAUAAGUAAGAAUAACUUGAAUAAACAAGUUAGAUAAUCCUCAGGACUUUAUUAAUAUCAUAGUAAAAGAGAUAAACUACUUUCGGAAACCAACUACAUGGCAGUGGUCAACAUGACCUUAUUCUUGUGGUAACUACUAACUUCUACUAUCAUAGGAUAAGCAUUAAAUAUAAUACAUCUUCAAGUUGGUCGCAUGCCAACUUCUGGGGACUUCAACUCCUUCCAAGGUUUGAAGCUUGUAUGAGCCAUGGCCUGUGACAGUCUUAAUUUGGUAGGGGCCUUCCCAAUUUGGAGCCAUCUUGCCUUUGGGACCUACCCCAGAAGCUUCAAUUUUUCUAAGUACCAGAUCUCCAUCCCGGAAGUAUCGCUCCUUAACCCGUAGGUUAUAGUAAUAGGAAGCUCGUUUCUGGUUUUCCACAAUCUUAGCAUGAGCUUCGUCACGAAUCUCAUCAAUCAUAUCAAGCGCAAGUCUCAUACCUUCUUCGUUGGCUUCUGGCUCAUACUGCUGGACCCUGGAGGAUGUAUGAGUGAUUUCAAGUGGCACCACUGCUUCGGCUCCAUAAGCCAGCUGAAAGGGGGUUGCCCCAGUUGAAACCUUACAAGUUGUUCGAUACGCCCAUAAUAUAGGGAGUACCUCAUCGGCCCAUGACCCCUGGGCUUUCUCAACUCUUUUCUUCAGUCCAUCAAGGAUUAUCCUAUUGGCCACCUCAGCUUGUCCAUUAGCUUGAGGAUGGGCAACUGAAGUGAAGCGCAACUCAAUCGAGUAAUCCUCACAAUAACUUCUAAACUCAGUAUUAUUAAACUGAGUCCCAUUGUCUGUAACCAUGACUCGAGGUAUUCCGUACCUGCAGAUAAUGUUUUCCCACACAAAUUGCGCAACUUGCUUGGUGGUUAUCUUGGCCAACGGCUUGGCUUCAAUCCACUUAGUGAAAUAAUCGAUCGCAACCAAUAGAAACUUUCUCUGCGCGCUAGCAAGUGGAAACGGUCCAAGGAUAUCCAUCCCCCACAUUGCAAAGGGGAUAGGAGUAUUGACAGACGUUAGCAUCUCAGGUGGCUGUCGUACAACGGGUGCAAACCUUUGACAACGAUCACACCUUUUCACAUAGUCUUGAGCGUGCUUUAGCAUAUCUGGCCAAUAGAAUCCAAGGCGGGUUACUUUAUGAGCUAAUGCUCUUCCACCGAGGUGUUGGCCACAUACCCCUUCAUGAACUUCUCUAAGGGCUUCUCGAGCCUCAUCCGGCCUCAAACAUCUCAAAUAAGGGAUCACAAAUGAUUUUCUAUAUAAGACCCCCUCAAUGAGUACAUACUUAAGGGCCCUUACCUGUAACUUUCGUGCUUCAUCAGCAUUAGGCGGCAGAUGACCACUUUGUAAAUAUAACUUAAUCUCAUCCAUCCAAGUGGACCCUGUGUCAAUGGGAGCAACUAACUUUGCUUCAAUGCUAGGGGUUCUUAAAACCUGAUAAUAAACACUUCCUGAGCAUACCUCAUCAUCGGAGGAUGCAAAUUGCGAUAAGGCAUCAGCCUUGGUGUUCUCCUCCCUUGGCACAUAUUCUACCAAGCAUUCUUCGAAUAGUGCCAUCUGGGUCUUUACAAUCCUUAGAUAUUUCAGCAUAGUCUCCUCACGGGCUUCAAACUCACCAUUCACUUGGAAGACUACAAGCUUUGAGUCACCACAGACCUUCAAAUUCU